AGGCGAACUUGAGCUCGUGGUUGCUGCUUUUGGUGCAAAUGCUUUGCUCGGUGCUCGCUGGGGUGUACAACGAGGUUCUGCUGAAAGGUGCUGAAUCUGCCAAGCGCGGGGUGACCACGAACCUUCAGAAUGCCUUUAUGUACUGCCAGUCGAUCCUGGUCAAUGGCGUGAUCUUGAUUUGGGAGGGAAAGGCCGGAGAUGCCGUUUCCGCAGAGAAUCGGGCAGCCAUCGCCUCCUUCAAGGUGUUUGCCAUCAUUAGCAUCAUGUCGUCCGUUGGCCUGGUCACCGGGUUCUUCUUGAAACAUUUAGAUUCCGUCCUGAAAGCGGUGGCUUCGGCGCUGGAGGUGGUGUUCACCAUGCUCCUGGGCUUCCUCCUCUUUGGCGCCCCCUUGGGCCUCUCGGGGCUCACCUCGGCCACCCUGGUGGGCGCCGGCGUGGCGCUCUACGCGAGGCCGGUGCCGGUGAGGCCGCUGCCGGAGGACGAGCUGAAGAUCGUGUGACGGAAAAA